AUGAAGAAAUUAUUUUCCCCACCAAAACCUUCAAUGGGGAAAUCAUCAUCAUUCAAGAAUCCAUGGAUCGAAGAAGAUACAAAUUCAAAAAUAAUAGGUUAUAAGAAGUUAAAUGUCUCAGAUAUCAUUACAAAUUUUGAAACUGAUUCAAAAGCAAGUAAAAUGGAAGAAUUAAAAGAUGAAUUACAAUUUAGAAUCAUACGAAAUGAUAAUUGCUCUCAAUCAUUGAUGUGGUUACUAGAAGCAAGAAAUAUUUUCAUGUGCCAGCUAUCAAACAUGUCACAAGAUUACAUAUCUGAGCUUGUUUUCAAUCGUUAUCAUAAAACUCUUAUCAUUAUUUAUCAAGGCGUCGUUGUUGGCGGAAUUUGUUUUAGAGAAUUCGAAAAAUUUGCAGAAAUAGCAUUUUGUGCAGUCGGAAACAAGUUUCAUAUCAAUGGUUUUGGCUCAUACAUGAUGGCACUUUUUAAAACUUACUUACAGACAGUUGGAAUUCUUAAUAUUUUUACAUAUGGCGAUGAUACAGCAUUAGUUUUCUUUCACAGACAUGGAUUCUCAAAACAUACUGGCUUACAGUCUUCUGAAUGGAAAGGAUACUUAAAAGAUUACGUAAAUGCAACUUUACUAACAUGCAAGAUUAAUCCUCAAAUAGAUUACACAAUGAUACAUGCAGCUCUUGAUGCAAUGCUUAAUACAAUCGAAAAAGAGCUCGGUAUGAGUAAAAUUAACAGAGUAACGGAAUUUCCUUUUACCAGAAUUGAAGGUUUUAUGGUUGACCAAAGGCCAAAUCGUGUUGUCGAAGAUAAAAAUAUGUCUGCUGCUUUCGCCGCACUUUUGAAUUAUUCCAAAGCUGAUUUGUUUUGGAAAGUACCACAACAAGAGCUGGGUUCAGAGUAUUCAUUAUCUAAGGUUUAUAAAAAUCUAAUUAAGAAUACUUAUCAUUCUUAUGAAGAAUUUUCGAAUGAUGUGAUCAAAGUAUUUCAGUCAGUUAUAGAUAAUUCGCCUGACACAAAUACAUUCACUAAAGCAGCCAAGAAAGUUAUUGAAAAAGCCCAAGAAAUUUUACAAAAAUACAAACCAUAG